AAAAAAAAAACAGACUUGAAGAAAAAACAAAAGCCACUAGUGGCUCUUCAAUUUCCUGGUAAUGCCGCUGGUCGCGUUGAUUUUUCUUUCCCUUCUUUCACGCAAAUUUCAAAACUUUAUGCUGCAAAAAAUUAAAGAUAAUUUCAUACUUUUGUUUUUAAUUUUUUCAAUCCAAUUCCUUUCCCAUUUCUAAUUUUAUUUCAGAAUUUUCUCGGCAAACAAACAAUUCUUGCAAUUCGUAUCUCAUUCUUCGUUUUUCAUUCAUUGGCUUCCGUAUGUCGUAGAUACGAUUAUCUUCUUCUCCAUUUCUCGGCCCUUUUACGUGCUCUCUUUUGUUUUCCAUUUCUUAACAAUUAUCUUGGAGCUCAUUCUUGUCUAUCUUUCUCUGCAAUUCUUGCGUCUCUCUUUCUCAAUCUAUUGUAUCAUUCACUUUUCGUUUGAAUAGAAUUCAAUGAAAGGUUGAAUAUCUCGUUUUCCUUGUUGCUAUUCUUGAAUUGGGUUGUCAGUCUUGAGUCAACCCAGUUGCAAAUCUUGUUGCUUAUUUCGUUUCCCAUCCUAUUCUUCUUGGUGAAACUGGUAUUGCCGUAUUGGGUUUCUUCUGUGAGCUCGUAAUUUUAUGGAGAUUUUGUAGUCAUUAUUGUUCCAUAAAUUUUCAGAGCCUGUACUUUCAACUGGGUUUUGGUUUUUGUUUCGUUUCUGAUCAUUGAUAGAUUCAAACACCGUGUUGAUUUAUCUACACCAUGCAGUCUCAGCAGAAAAACCCUUUUGGGGUUUUGCAAUCUCUGCAGCAACAAAUAGGUUCCAAUGGCAAUUGUGUUGAAUCAGAGAGUCCUCCAUUUUCCAUAAGAAAGUAUGUUCUUGCUUGUCGUCAGAAAGAUAUCUUUCAUAGCUGGCCUUUUCCAGAGAAAUACUUGCAUAUCUGUCUAAAGCAUGGUAUCAAUGAUGUGCUACCACCCCUUGAAUCCCAUCAUUCAGCUAUCCAGUCACUCAGAGGACCUAUACAUUUACAAAAUAAUGAGAAUGCUAGUUCAUUCAUUAAAAUGGUUCAAAAUACUGUAGAGCAAGAGGACUUGUUGAGAAAGGAAAGCAAUUUAGCCUCCAAUGAAGACAUAUCCAGAGAGUCCAGUCAAGAUUGCCAAUUAUCUCUUUCUAGUAAUAGUUGUAAGAAUGAAGAAAAUGGUUAUAAACUCAGUUCUGAUGUUGCUUCUGAUGUCGUAGUUUCAAGAAGUGAACCUUCAGCUGUCAUUCCGAUUUCUCUUCUUCAUGAACAUCAAUGUAGUAAGAUAGUGAAAUCCAACAAGAUGUUGAGACACAAGCGGAAAAAACGUAAAGGAAAGAAUAAGAAGCGAUCGAUGGUUGAUAUUUUAGCUGUGGCAAAGCCAUGUACAGUGGAGGAUCUAAUUAGGAUUAACAGAUUAUGUUGUGGUUUUAGCAAGCCUUUGGAGAAUGAGAUUAACGGAAUAGAAGAAACGAUGAAUGUUGAGAAUAAUUGCAAUUCUGAUGUAACUGAGGAGAACUCAAAUGGGAAGAUUCAAACAGAUGAUUGUGAAGCUGCUGAUGUCGAUAUGUCAGGCAGAAAAAGAUGGGUUGUAAAGUUCAAGUUGAAUAGUUAAGUUCAAGUCCCGGGACAUGAAUUAAGAGAAAAAGAUUCAUGCAAAUGUACAAUAUAAGGCUCCAGGACGAGUUAGCCAGCUCAAAGCCAUCGUACAAGAAGGCUUCAAGAGAGGUUAGCAGAUCAAGAGAUAAACUAGAACUUCUGCAAGUAUGAAGAAACUGAUUAAGAUCUAUAGCUAUUUUAUACGAAACAGAUUUGAGGGUGGUAAUAGAAGGUGAUCACAACGGUUUACAAGUCUGAUUUAGUUUGUAAUCUAACCCAUUGCCAAUUUGGUUGUUGGUAGCAAUUUGAGUUGUAUAGUAGCUUGUCCCUUUCAAUGAAGGCCACGGUUGCUUGUAUAUCUGUGUCUUGGAGACGUAAUUUUUCCCCAACUCUGCAAAAGAAUCUGAAUUGUUAACCAGUCAAAUGCCCCUGCUUUUUCUUCU